AUGCGGUCGGUGGUAAUAGUAGCUCUUUUGCUGCAUCCAACAGCUUGUGGAGAAGAUAAGAAGAAAGAAGGAUGGAUCAUAAAUAGUCCAGAAUUUUUCUGCGAUCAAACCUGCAGAGCGGAUUUGUACAAAGCAUCCGAGGAAACCAAUCGUACCAGUUGUCUCGACAAAGAUCCUCUGGCUCUGGACAAAAGUAGACAAAAGGAGAUAGGCAAAUGCCUGAGGGAGGUUAACGGUUUGAAGCAGCAGACAACCACUGGUCUACCGCGCAAAGAUUAUCGUAUUUCUUGUCGUCCGCCAAAGAAUCGUAUGCAAUGGUAUCGUGGAUGGCAAUCGUUGACUUUUCAUGGAAAGCCCUGCAUACGAUGGGAUGAGGCGCCAGUAAGAUUUCCGCUGGAAAGCUUCUAUAAUGUAUCAGCACCUUCCCUGGAUUAUAUGACCCUAAAGAUAUAUUCUACAACCAUUUCGCAGCAUGAAAAUUACUGUAGAAAUCCUGAUAAUCACAUCUAUGGACCUUGGUGCUUCUACAACGAUAAAAAUGAGAUAAGACGUGCUCCAUGUUUCCAUACGUGCAUCACCGACAUCAAGAAACUCUGCUUGGCAAAAGCAUUCUUCCCUUUUUAUCAGACUCCGUACAUGUUCGAAGGAAUUCCACAAGCACCAGUUCCGCCACGUACAUUACGAGAAGUUACCAACAAAGAGCUAUGGGUUCAAAAUGAGCGCAAUGAUCUCAGCGACAUUCUUGAUGUUCCUGAAGUGUUACGAGCUAUACCGCAAAUAACCCCUUUGUAUACGAUCAAAUUUACUACGCGCCAUCUAACCCAAGCGAGAUUGGCAGGAAAGGCUGUGGUGACUAGAAAAAAGUGCCACCAAACUGGACUUCGAACCUUGAUAGCAGGACCAUGGACUCCAGUGAAGGAUGAUUAUUUGAGCUUUCCAGAAGAUCGUGAAAAAUCGGUUGAGGAAGGCGACGAAAAUGUGAAAGCUUUCAAGCGUAUAAAUUUCCUAGCCGGAAGGCAAGGGAUUAACAAACCUUGGGUGCCUUGCUUUGCAGCAUGUGAGGAUAAUACUAUCACAUGCUGGCCCAAACAAACCUCUCGAAAGCUGAAUGAGCGGCUGUUUUACUUUGGAAAUCGAGCUGUCAAUCGAAACGAGCGUGUUUGUCUCAAAUGGACAGAGGCUAUGUCAGCUCUUUACAAUCACAACUCGGAGUAUCACCGAAAAGAAAACAAAAGGCAUGGAGAAGAUAAGAUAGAUGCUGAGUUAAGACUGCAGGUAUUUUAUUACCAGCAACUAAGUAAACGCGUAAUCGUUGGCGAAAAAAUGCUUGUACAUCGUUUUCUGGACGGUGGCGGAAGGCUGUUACAUAGUGCAAUUUGCUUGGAUUUGGCUCGAUUGAUAGAGUUUGAUGAGAGCAAGGUCCCUAAAGGCACAGGAAAAGUCCAGCUCAUGUUGAAAGAAGCUCACCGAAGCAUGUUUGAAGAGGGACCGGGUUGUUUUUCGUGGAUUGAUAAGAAAAAAUCUUACGUUAAGUAUAUCCCUUGUUUUCAUCCAUGUCCGUGUGGUAGCGACGCUAUGAAGGCUCCUUUCAAGCCGUAUCGAGAGAUGUGCGAGAAGAAAAGUCACGAAUAUGAGCCUUGCACCGCCAGGAGGGAUGCUCGUAAGUUACUUAUUCGUCGCCAUGAUGAAGAAGUCAAACCACUGCCUGAAGCAGAAGUACGAGGCCUCUAUGUGCCUCUGAUACUGAUUUUGGUAACCGCUGUAGUUUGUUUCGCGGUAUCUUUCUUCAGUGAGAUUGUGAACUUAUUGCUGUAUAGGCGAAAUGGAUGA